AUGGCACCCUCUAUCAUCGAAGGACCAGUCAACGGGGUCAUUGCACCUCUCAAGAGUACCCUUGGAGGGAACUCUACGCAGCCCACAAUCAGAAGAACUAUCGACGAGGAGGGAGGGAAGACCACUGCUAGUUAUCCUGAAUAUCUUCCAGUCUUCGACUAUACCGAGAAGUACCCUCCACUGGAGCCCUUCACCCACACCGAGCACGGCACGGCCGCAGAUGCGUCUUUCAAAGACCUCUUGGUCGAAGGAUCCAAGAUACAGAAACUCACACCCACCAUCGGUUCAGAGGUCAAUGGCGUGCAACUAAGCAAGCUCACUGAUGCCGGGAAAGACCAGCUCGCUCUUCUCGUCGCACAACGUAAAGUGGUUGCAUUCAGAGACCAAGACUUCGCCGACUUGCCGAUCGCAGAUGCCUUGGACUUUGGAGGGUAUUUCGGUCGUCAUCACAUUCAUCCAACCAGCGGGGCGCCGGAGGGAUACCCCGAGAUUCAUCUCGUUCAUCGCAAUGAUACUUCCUUGAAGUAUGAGAAUGUCAACAGCACUGUGGCUUGGCAUUCGGACGUUACCUAUGAGCAGCAGCCACCGGGUACCACGUUCCUAUAUAUUCUCGACGGCCCCGAGGUCGGCGGUGAUACCAUCUUCGUCGAUCAAGUCGAAGCGUAUAAGCGACUCUCGCCGCCAAUUCAGGAGCUACUCCACGGACUCAAGGCUGUGCAUUCCGGGUUCGAGCAAGCAGACUUUAGCCUGAAGCGUGGAGGAGUGGUGAGAAGGGAACCAGUGAAGAACGAACAUCCUUUGAUUCGGACACACCCUGCCACAGGAGAGAAGGCGUUGUUUGUGAAUGGAGGCUUCACACGCAGCAUUGUCGGUUUGAAGAAAGAAGAGAGUGACGCGCUGCUGACUUUCCUUCUGGCUCAUGUCGGGCGUGGUAUCGACUACCAAGCUCGUAUCCGAUGGGCUCCGAAGACUGUUGUUGUGUGGGAUAACCGAGUCACUGCUCAUUCAGCGGUUGUCGAUUGGGUCACUGGUGAGCGCCGGCAUCUUGCCCGUAUAACUCCUCAGGCCGAGCGCCCCUAUGAGACUCCAUACGUCCCACAAGAGGAGGCAUAG